UUUGGGACUCUGGAAAUUACAAGAAAACGGUUUAUUCACACUGGCAGAGUCUAAAUGGCUUUUCCUCUUAUAGCAAGAAAUCCUACACUCCACACUCACCAAUUCACCGCAUUAUCUUCCUUCAGAGCCAAAUCACUUUCCAUUCACAAUUUCGCAAAGAUGGGAGGAAGUGAAAUCACUGAAGUGGCACAGAGAGUAGGUGAUGAUGAUUUGAGUUUGAAGAAGAAGAUUUUUGUUGCUGGAGCUACUGGUAGCACUGGGAAAAGAAUAGUGGAACAGUUGUUGGCUAAGGGUUUUGCUGUUAAGGCUGGGGUUAGAGAUUUGGACAAGGCGAAGACUACACUUUCGUCUACCAAUCCGUCUCUACAGUUUGUGAGAGUUGAUGUUACUGAUGGUUCUGAUAAGCUAGCUGAAGCUAUUGGCGAUGAUACUGAAGCAGUAGUUUGUGCUACUGGAUUUAGGCCAGGGUGGGAUUUGCUUGCUCCUUGGAAGGUUGACAAUUUUGGCACAGUGAACCUUGUUGAAGCAUGCAGGAAAGUCAAUGUUAACAGAUUCAUUCUUAUAAGUUCUAUUUUAGUCAAUGGAGCAGCUAUGGGACAGCUACUCAAUCCAGCUUACAUUUUUCUCAAUGUUUUCGGACUCACCUUAGUAGCAAAGUUACAGGCAGAAAAUCAUAUCAGGAAAUCUGGUAUAAAUUACACAAUCAUAAGGCCUGGAGGUUUGAAAAACGAUCCUCCUACCGGAAAUGUUGUUAUGGAGCCAGAGGAUACACUAUAUGAAGGUUCCAUAUCCAGAGAUUUAGUUGCAGAGGUAGCUGUGGAAUCAUUGGCUUAUCCUGAGUCAUCUUAUAAAGUUGUGGAGAUAGUUGCUCGACCUGAUGCUCCUAAACGUGCUUACCAUGAUCUUUUUGGUUCUAUAGUUCAGCGAUGAUAUCUGAGUUUAGGACUUGGUUGCUGAUUAGCAAAUCGGUUUCCUUGUUUUUCUGAUGGAAAAUUUGUAUUUUGCUUUUUUUUAAAUUCAGUUCAUUGAAUUGUAUACCAACGUGAUACGGGUAAAUAUAUGCAAGCAUACCUUUUGUGUUA